AUGAUAUAUUUACCAUGAAUCGGAAAGGAUUGCUGUCGUUUGAUCGCAAUGCAGACCAGCAGACUAAGUUCCAAGAUCUGGGACAGGCCAUGCUGAGGCAGCGUGAGGAGCAACUGAGAACACAGCUCCAGGUGUUCCAAAAUGCGUUGGUCAGCUUUAAACAGGAGCACAAGAAGGAAUUGAUGAAGAACCCACAUCUGCGAGCGCAAUUCAGCCAGAUCUGUGAAAGUUUUGGAGUCGAUCCACUCUAUAUGACUGCCGAAGACGACCUUGAUCCUGAAGAAAGAAAUAAUAGACUUGCCAUUAGAAUAUAUGAGAUAUGUCAAGCAACUAGAGACCUGUAUGGGGGUAUAAUAUCUGUGGAUGAGGUGAUCCAGCUGUUGACUAGCACUAUCCAGGAUGGCUGGCAAUUCAAACUGGACCACCAUGAUGUGCAUGUUGCCGUGGAGAGCCUGAAAGUGCUGGGAAAUGAGUUGGAACUGGUCAAAAUCGGACCCAAGAUGUAUAUUAAGUCAGUGCUCCAGGAGUUUAAUGCUGAUCAAAGCCAAAUACUGACAGCUGCAGACAACAUUGGGUAUGUCACGGUUUCGAUCCUGCGCGACAAUUUCCGCUGGAAAACAGCAAGAUGCAAAUCAAAUCUGGACGACCUACUUUCCAUCGGGCUGUUGUGGAUUGACGAUCAAGCAGAUGAAAGAUGCUAUUGGUCAACAACAUGGAUUAACAAAGGUCAUUAGUGCGAAAUGUACUCGAAGGCAUAGCUGACAGAAUCGUAUUGAGACUCAUUUUGCAUCAAAAAGUCAUCAUUCUUUGCAAGAUCUUCACGAUCGAUAUGAUUCCAUGUGGUGGCAUCUCCAUACAACAUCGCAGCUGACUUCACUUUUUGCUUGCCGCUUUGACAGCGCUUGCACUUGUAAGUAUCAUGCGUUUCGCAGGGCGUUUGAUCAUUGUACAAAAACAACUGUUUCAAAUUUUCGCUGGAAAACUGUCUUUCCACGUCUUCGUUGGAGUCCACAACGCAUGUCGAGAGUUCCAUCUUAGCUGAUUGACGUUGGAAGAUCUUUUCCUCUAUAGUACCCGUCGCAAUAAAUCGAUAAAUAAAGCAAUUUUUCUUCUGGCCGUCUCUCCAAACUCUUGCCAGAGCUUGUUGGUCGCUGGCAGGAUUCCAGUCGGGAUCUAAUAAAAUCAGCCUAUUGGCACCAAUAAGGUUUAUACCACACCCUCCCGCUUUGGAACUUAGCAAGAAAACAAAUUCAUCAGCGUUUGGAUCGUUGAACCUGUCCACCAAUUUUUGACGUUUGUUGAUUCCCAACGACCCGUCUAAUCUCACCGUUCCAAAUCUAUGGUGUCUGCAAAGUUUUUCUAUUAGAUCCAAUGUUUGUGUGAAGUUGGAAAUAAGCACAAUUUUGUCAUCUGUUUCUUUGCGAAUUUUGAAGAGGAACCGCUCUAGCAUGGCAAAUUUGCCGCUGUACCAUGUUUGAACGUCUUUGUUUCUUCCGUUCCCAAAGUCGUAGUCAUCCGGUAUAAUAUUCUCGGAACCUGAGAUGUCGUUUGGCAAAUCAAGCAGACGAGGGUGUGUGCAUAGUUUCCGAAGAAGGCCAAUAGCUUUCAGAGGCU